AAGGAGCCAGAGAGAGGCCCCAGGCCGUGCUGGAGACAGCAUCUUUAAGCCGCGAGGAGCUCCGGGAGGGUCCCAGGACAAAGCAGUACCCACUAUGCUGCCCUGCCUCCCCCUGCUUCUCCUGAUGGGGCUGUCGGCAGGCACUGUGACAGCUGACGAGGAACUGGCACUCGGAGCGGAAGCAGGGUCCUGGAUAACCUUGACCCUGGAGGAUGAUGGCAUUCACCUCCAGCUCCAGCAGGUGAAGAGGGGCAAAGCCAGCCAGUUCUUUGGGCUGAUGGGGAAGCGGGUGAGAGGAAUACCUCCCAUCCAGCCAGACAGAAGAACAGCUCCACCACCAGAGCAUCCGCAAGGACAAAUGGUGCAGGGCCUUGUGGACAGGGCGCAACUAUCUACAGAAGAACUCUUCCUAGGCAGAGAGGACGAGGACCGCAGGUCAGAGUGAGCGCCCCCACUGCACCCUUCCUGGAGGACGAAACGCCCAUCUCCUUCCCCGGACGAUACAGCUGACAGCCAGCCAGGCCAACUCUCUUCUCAUGUGUCUCCUGCACCCAACACUGGUGUGUCCCACCUGGCUUCCCUGAACUCACUGCAGUUCCUUCUAGAACUCUCGGUCCUAAGCCAUGGUGAUGCACACAUGCACUGUUGUUCCAGUUGUGAGCUGCAGUGACCCUACUCUCCCCCCACGCUCAGCUCCCAUCUCACUGCUGAGCAGGGCUGAGUGCCACGCACUUCCAUGUCUCCUGUGCCUGGAACACAGGAGGGGCUCAAUAAAUGGACAAACAGUGAAUAGUUUCUUCUCUGGUGCAGAGCAGAGGGCAGGGAUGGCCGGGGUGCUACACCCUGCCAUAAACUGCAGAGCAGCAGAACGGGGCGGGGAUGGUGGUGCUUUUCCAGAACUGCAAAGGGAAUAGUAAACAACCCUGGUCCCCACCCUCAGGCGGGAAAACAGGCUCGGGAAACAGGUAAGGACAGCCCCCACCAGAAAGCAGACACCGUCUCCCUACUCAGAGUCAUCAUUUCAACACCCCAAAUCCGUCUUCUGACCUGGAGAUUUGGGUCCCAGGUCCUUCAUCAAUUCUCAUGCGUAAAGUGGCUCUUCAACUGCUUUGCUUUUGGGACCACAGGCAGUCAGGCAUGCUCUGAGCACUGGGAAGAGCUCCAGGGGCACCAAACACUUCCUGCUCUCAGGGAGCCCCUCGUCUGAUGGGGACACCACUGUCACUGCCUCUAUGGUCCAUGGGGCAGGAUGCAGAGGACCCCGGGAUGCUUGGAGAGAGGCACAUGAGCUGGAAUGAAAUCGUGGAGGGCAAAGCUGGUCAUCAACAUGGAGGGCUACGUAAAGGAAUGAGCUGGGAGUGGGGUGGGUUCAGCAGUAGAGGACAAUUCGUGAAUUCACUAAGCUGCAUAACAUUUGCCUCUAGGUCCCUCUCCCCACAAAGAGGAAAUAGGUUAGACAUUUUUUACAGGGAUGUCUGAUCCUUUGGGAGUGGGGUGGCCAGGCUGUUUUAGGAGGAGAAGGUGGCCCUGGAGGAGAGGGCAGGCCCUUCACCUGGGUGCUGGGGAAGGUUUUAGUGACGUCAGAGACCACUAAGGAGUGGCCAGGUGUCAGCACAACCAGCAAGAGUCCUCUGUUUGCCUUGUAAUGAAACAGCCUCUAUAUUAAGACCUGACUAAACCUCAGGCCUCCCUGGUCUUCCUUCUCCCACCUUACCCAUGCCCAGCGAGCCAUCCAGGGGUGGGAGUGGUGCAAGCCCUCUCCAGGGCAGAAUACCCCAGCGGACGCACUUAUUCCAUCCACUCCCGACCCCCUCACUCCCGGGGCACCCCCUGUGCCUUCCCCACCUCAGCCCACUCAGUGUUGUGGGCCCAAGAGGUGGUUCAGUCAUUACCAAACUUGAAAGAUGCACGAAGACUGAAGAUUGUCUUUUUGUGUUUGAAGACUGGGACAUUUAAAAGAAACUGGAGUCACCAAAUAUUUGGUGAGUUUCCUUUCUGUGCUGGCACUUAGCUGGGAACUCAGAUGGCCCCGGGAGGACGAAGUCGGGGACACAUUGGUCCUUGAAGACCUAAUGCCCUUAACAGGGAGUUGAGAUGUACAAAGCCCACGCCUUGCUCUCCACUGUUCUCCAACCUACCACGUCCCUCAAGCUUCUUGGUUCCUGCACAUGCCAUUCUGGGCAAUUCUUACUCUGAAGUCAAUUAUCUCUGUAAAGCCCUCCCAAGCGGGGAACUACCCAUUCUAUGCCUCCUAUGAGUUCCCCAAGACCCCUGAACAUUCCUCCAUGACACUUAACAUAUGAUGUUCCCAUCCCGUUUCUCUCAAGUACACAGACCACAUCCCAUUCAUCUUUAUCCCAGUGCCACUGCUAGUGCUUGCCCGGUGAGAGGUCCUUGGAGAGUAUUUUAACAAAUGACUCCCACUUCCGGUCCUCCAGGAGUCUCUGUCUCUAGAGAGCCACACUUCACACAAGUGCCUGAAAUAAAUAAUAGCAGCUACCGCUUCUGGAACGUCUAUCCUGUAGUUCUUGGACUCUGCGUGUCCCAAUGCUGAACUCUUCACCUACUGCCCCAAGGCCACUCCUCACCGUGGUGGGCAACCCCACAAAUGGUGCCUCCCUGUACUCUGCUGCCCCAACUAGAAACCUGGGAAUUACCCUCCGCUCCCUACAUGGAAUAUAAUAAGCCCUGGUUCUUGGUUUCUCCAAAUUCAUCUCCAAUUCCUCCCCCUCCACUACCACCCUUAAUACAAACCAGUCUGGCUUUGCCCGGAAGGAGAAAGCCCCGGUAGACUUCCUUGCUUCCCAUCUUACUGCCAGACCUGGCCCAUCCAUUCUUCACCGGGAGUCUGAGCUUUUAAAAUGAGAAAUUGGGUCAUGCCAUCCCCUGCUGGCCACGGUUCAGCUUCUUGGGAUAAACCUGACAGUCUCAUGAAGGCCUCCAAGGCCCUGUGUUCUCAGGUCCUUCCCCCUCCAGCCAGGCUUUCUCGAAGGCCCUCGCACACACACGAAGGACCCCCUUAUACUGGGGUCUAUACCUAGGCGUCCCCACUGUCUGAAUGCUGCCGCCAUCCCUUCUCUCUUCCUUGGACUAAUUCCUCAUUGUUCAGGCCCUAGAAUAUAGGCCCUUCCUCAGGCAGAGUCCCCUCUAGUUCUGCUCACACACCUUGUCCUUUUCCCUUCGUGGCACUGAUCACAAUUAGAAAUCACAUGUAUUGGUAUCUGUCUCCUCCAGAAUGCAAGGUCCACAUUUUUUUUUUUGUACAAAUAAGCAUUGGGUGUACAAAUCGGGCAUUCUGCAAGGCAGAUUUCCUUCCACAAUUAUUGUCCUCCCCCUGCGAUGAGGAUAAGCCAUGUGCUCGAAGUUAUACAGGAAAUGGCAGAGCCAGGAUCUGAGCCCAGGUGCCUUUAUGCCAACACCCAACCUCUCCCUGCUUUACUUGGUCUACACCAUAAUCACACAGACAAGUCUCACGCAGAAUUAAGACUUCACAAGGAAUUCCAAGGGGCGCCUGGGUGGCUCA